UAGAAACGAAAGUAGAUUUAAAACGAAAUGGAAAUACCCAACUGAAUUGCUUAAACAAAAUGGCAGACACAGAAACAAAAACCAUAUCAUUAGCCCUGUACCGUUACAUGUGUCAGAACAUAGUUGGAUCAGAGAAUCAUGUUAAAAAUUUGAGAUUGAUGAGUACUGCCAGGGAUAAUAUGACAUGUAACAAAUAUAUAAUCCCUAUCACAAGUGGAAGUUUUGGUGAAGGACUUGAGAUGAGAGGAAGUGAUUUAGAUGUGAUGUUUGUAAAUAAAGAUAUGGAGGUCUAUGAAAACGUCCUAACGUCUUUAAAUUCAAAUGUUUUAUAUUUGUCAGUUGAAACAGAUGAUGUAAAAGCUGGUUUCGCUCAGUUGCAAGUUAAACAAAAUUAUAGUCUAGUUGAAUACAUUGAAGAACAUAAUGGAAAACAUUAUUUUUCGAGUACAUUAUAUAAACAAGCACUCGAGCGUAAUUCAGGUUCAGAUAAUGUAAUUCAUGGGCCAUGUAUAUCUGAUAAAGAAGGAACGCAUGACUAUGCCAUGUGCUUUCAUUGUAGCACAUGGAUAUCACAAGCGUCACACUGGAUCACAAGAUCAAAUAACUCAUGGCCAAGUUAUAAAGUCAAACAAAGUAUUUUAAAACACGGUGUACUUUUUGUACCAAUCGGAGUUAAAGGAUCGCCAAAAGAGGAUAUAGAAUGGCGAAUUUCUUUUUCUGUUGGUGAAAAAUUUCUAAUUAAUACUUUUACACAUACUCAAUUAAUAUGUUAUGCCCUCCUCAAAAUACUGUUGAAAGAUGUUAUAUCAACUGACUCUGAAUGUGAAGAUUUACUCUGUUCAUACUUCUUGAAAACAAUUAUUUUCUGGAUAUCAGAAGAAUUGCCACAAUCAAUAUGGAAACCUGAAAAUCUUAUUCAUUGUUUUAUGCGAUGUUUAAGCAGACUGAUUUAUUCUGUUGAUUAUUCAAUUUGUUUACAUUACUUCAUUCCAGAAAACAACUUGUUUGAGAACAAAAUAGAAGGACGCGCUCGUAGAAUACUUUUAGAUAAACUUUAUAAACUGCAUAGUUACGGAUGGCGAUGCUUGUUAUUUUCAGAUCAAUUAUCAAACUUUCAGGUAUCAAUGUGGAUGAAUCCUAUCGAACCACAUACAUUGCAUACUAUCGAGUCAGCAAACACUGCUAAUUCAAAAUUAUUAUACUUGGCUUGUCAUAUGUAUAAUGUUGUUGAGCAGGACACCAAUGUAUACAAAAGAGGAAUACAUCAGAUCAUUUCCUGUUACCAAUCUUCACUAAAAUACUUACAUACAUACUGUUUGUCAGUGUUGUGUGGACGAUAUGCACAGUGUGUUCCACUGAAUAGUUCUAGAAAUAAUAAUAAACACCAAUACAAACAAUACAAAUCCUGUCUUUGUACUCUCCUGCAAAAUAUUUAUCAUGACAGUGUUUCUGGGUGGCUGAUGUUAGCCUCGUUUUUCUAUAGGAAAAAAGAAAACAGUAAAGCCUUACACAUACUCAUGUAUUCUAUAUCGAAAUGUACUUCUGAAAAAAUACACCGCUUCAUGGAUAUGUCGGAUAUGAACGUCCGAUUAUUAAAUUUGCAAGUGUUCAAAAGAAAAAGUAAUGUACAAAUGUUGAAAGUAUUAUUGGUAGAUUUUUUGAAUUUUACAAAAGAUUCUUGGCUUAUACCAUAUGAACUACAAAUAGAAGUGAAAAAUCACGAUUUUUAUAUUUCCUCUAUAGUGUAUGCUUAUUUUCUAAAAUUGUUAUGUCAUUAUCAUCUCAAUAAUGUCAGACAAUGUCAGGAUUGCCUACGAACUUUACAACUUAUUAUAGAUGAAAGCUUUUUGAUUGAAAAUGAUGAAUUGUUUCAAUCUGAAUCCUACAAAGUUCUCGGUAUAGCUUUACAAUUAUUAGGAAAAAGUGAAUCCACCCGACAUGCAUGUAUGCGGUCAGUUGAACUAGAUCCGAAUCAAAGAUAACAAUUCUGAAAAAAAACGUACACUUAUGAGCUCGAUGUGAUAUGUGUGCAUUUUGUUGAACAACUCGUAAAAGACUGUAAAACAUAUUUUAUAAAUAUGUAUUUCAAUGGUUUUCUAGAACUGUAUAUUUUGUUUAGUACAAAUCUAAAAACAAGGAAUUCUGUUCA